CGAAGCAUGCGCCGCUGCCCCGCCUCUGCCCGGUGAGGCUGUCUUGAGCGCUGCCUGACCCGCUGUGUGCGACUGAGAGAGUGAGUUUGUUUUGCCUGGGCCUGAUCGGCAGCUUGAGAUAAUCGGCGUCAUCUUGGCUGGGGGACACUGCUCCAGAGGUGCGGAGUUGACUAGCUGGCGGCUUCCUGGAUCACCGGCUUCUCUCUGGGCGAGCGGCGCAGGGACCUCGGGCCCUGGCUUCUUUCCGUCAAGAUGGCGGCGCCCAGCGCGCACGGUGGAUGCAAAGGGAGAGGUUGAGCUCUGUGAUUGCAGAGCGUGUGUGUGGUCGCUCUGCUGACUUCGAAACGCCCGCGGUCUGCGUUUUCCCUGGCGAAUGCUGGGCUCUCUGUACUGUUUCCUUAUGGUGGCUGUCUGAUUUUGCUGUCCCACAAGCAAGUCUACAGAGGUUCCAGUCUCCACCUAGGAGGCUGGAAGAAGCAAAGAACUACCUCUUUAGCUCAGAGCUCUUGUCCGGCCUCGUAGAACAACUGCAGAGGUGUACAGAAUUUGUGAGCAGCUUCUAUAAUGGUCUGUUCAGUCUUCCUCAGAGCUGCCCAUGAACACGUUUGCCUACUAAGGAAGGUCAGUCAUGUCUUCAGAUGCCAUCAGCGUCGGACCUGGGGCUCAAGGCCAGCUGCAUCCCAGUUUGUUGCCCAAGCUGCUCCGGGCAGUGUGGUAGAGGUGCUGGGAAAAUCCUACCCUCAGGAUGACCACACCAACCUCACCCAGAAGGUCCUUUCCAAGGUGGGCAGGAACCUGCACAACCAGAAGUACCAUCCACUGUGGCUGAUCAAGGAGAGGGUGAAGGAGCACUUCUACCAGCAGUACAUGGGCCGACCCAGGACCCCUCUCUUCUCCGUCUACGACCAGCUUCCUCCAGUAGUCACCACCUGGCAGAACUUUGAUAGCCUGCUAAUCCCAGCGGACCACCCCAGCAGGAAGAAGGGAGACAACUAUUACCUGAAUCGGGAGCACAUGCUGAGAGCACACACGUCAGCACACCAGUGGGACUUGCUGCAUGCGGGACUUAAUGCCUUCCUCGUGGUAGGAGAUGUGUACAGGCGUGACCAGAUUGAUUCCCAGCACUACCCAGUUUUCCACCAGCUGGAGGGUGUCCGGCUCUUUUCCAAGCAUGAGUUAUUUGCUGGCGUAAAGGAUGGAGAAAGCUUGCAGCUCUUUGAAGAAAGUUUUCGCUCUGCUCAUAAGCAAGAGACACACACCAUGGAGGCUGUGAAGCUUGUGGAGUUUGACCUUAAACAAGUACUGACAAGGCUUAUGACACAUCUUUUUGGAGAUGGGCUGGAGGUCCGGUGGGUGGACUGCUACUUUCCCUUUACCCAUCCUUCCUUUGAGAUGGAGAUCAACUUCCAUGGAGAAUGGCUUGAAGUCCUUGGCUGUGGAGUGAUGGAACAGCAGCUUGUCAAUUCAGCUGGUGCUCAAGAUCAAAUUGGCUGGGCUUUUGGCCUGGGGUUAGAAAGACUGGCUAUGAUCCUCUACGAUAUCCCUGACAUCCGCCUCUUCUGGAGUGAGGACGAGCGCUUCCUGAAGCAGUUCCAUCUCUCAGACAUCAAUCAGAUGGUCAAGUUUCAGCCUCUUAGCAAGUACCCCGCUGUGUUCAAUGACAUUUCAUUCUGGCUGCCCCCCGAGAAUUACACGGAGAAUGAUUUCUAUGACAUCGUCCGAACAGUUGGAGGAGACCUAGUGGAAAAGGUUGAUCUUAUAGACAAGUUUGAACAUCCAAAGACACACAGGACCAGCCACUGCUACCGCAUCACCUACCGCCACAUGGAGCGGACACUGUCCCAGAGAGAAGUCAGUAGUGUCCACCAGGCUGUGCAGGAGGCUGCCGUGCAGCUGCUGGGUGUGGAGGGCCGUUUUUGAUGCCCUGGUUUUACCCAGGCUGCAGCCCUCAUGGAGCUCCAAGACUCGCUGGAAAGGGGGAAACACAUUGUUUGUGAACUGGAGUAUCUGUCAUCUUUUGAUAAAUGGGUCUGCUUUAGGACUCUCAGGAAAUAAAGGAUCACUUUUGAGAAGCA